AAAAUAAUUAUUACUCAUUACUAUUUUAUAGUAGUAUCAUAAUUUUAAAUUAAAAAUUUAUCGAAAUAUUUAUAUUUUUUUGUUUUUACUAAAACUACCAUAAUGAAGCUAGUAGUAUUUUUAUUAUUAUUUUGUUUCAUGUUAAAUGUUAUACUAUGUCAAUAUGUUAAUGCUGAUGAUGAUGAUGGACAAGUAGAUGGAGGUAACGGUUCCGAUGAAACUAGUGAUGGAGGUAACGGUUCCGAUGAAACUGGUGAUGGAGGUAACGGUUCCGAUGAAACUGGUGAUGGAGGUAACGGUUCCGAUGAAACUGGUGAUGGAGGUAACGGUUCUAAUGAAACUGGUGAUGGAGGUAACGGUUCCGAUGAAACUAGUGAUAGAGGUAACGGUUCCGAUGAAACUGGUGAUGGAGGUAACGGUUCCGAUGAAACUGGUGAUGGAGGUAACGGUUCUAAUGAAACUGGUGAUGGAGGUAACGGUUCCGAUGAAACUGGUGAUGGUGAUGGACAAGGAGUUGUAGAUACUAAAGGCAAUAAAUGUAUAAAUCAACUUGAACAAUGUAGUUUUGAUUAUGUAUGUUGYGGUAAUAUGAUAUGCAAUCCUAUCUAUACCAGAUGCUAUACUCCAGGUUAUCUACAACAUCAUCUAGCUCUAAAUCGUUUUAGACCAAUGAAUCUUGAUGAUCUACCCAAUAGAAAUGGUAGACUAAUGGCCGAAAAAGGUGGUCCAAUGCCUAGUAGUAGUAUAGGUAGUGAUGGUAGUGGUAAAUGAGCUUGUAGCAGAAAAACAAUGGCUAAAAGUUAUAAUAAUUAAUUAAUUAAUUAAAAUAUUAAUAUAUUAAUACUUUUCCAAACAAACAAAAAAUUGUAUUGAUUA